AUGGUUACAAUUACUGUAACACUUGGCCUUAGUUGCACGAUCGUCUCCUUUGGUUUCUUCUUACUUUGUCGAUAUCUCGUACGUCCGUUGACAAAUUAUCGCUUAUUUGCAAACAAAACAGAUAACGAAAAGAAUGUUCCUUCGCCGUCAUUUCACACUUGGCUGACCGAUCCAAACGAAAAACGAUGGCAACGAUUGAAUUUGUUAAUCAGUUGGCUACAUGCUCUUAUCACCGGUGUACUUGUUCUUUACAGUUUUCUCGUCUAUCCAGAUCUACGUAGUGAUUUCGUCGAACAUGUCAAUCUUGUCACAUAUGUCACUUGUUCUUUAUCUUUCGGCUAUUUUUGGUACGAUCUAUGUGAUGUGAUUUCCAAUCGAAAAGGAUCAGAUCUGUUCGAAAUUCUUCUCCAUCAUAUUGUGACACAAACAUCUUCAUUUCGAGAUCAUGGUCAAUGUUCUGCUAAUAGAACACGGAAAAUAAGUCAUGACAUAUUGUUUCCCUUUUGUCAUGGAAAGGCCCAUUGUCAAUGA